CUAGUGUACAUCUUUUUUCUAUUUAUCUCCCAAUAAUUAGGCGACGCCGGCGAUGGGGAAUUGCUGCUCCGACGUGGCCGGCGGCCAGACGGCGGUCGGAGGCACCAACUCUACCGAUGCAGCUAACGCUUCUAACGAAGCAGUUGAUGCCUUCUUCAAGUCUCGCGGCUACAAUGGUCUCUACUCUCAGAUCGAGCUAUCUCUCUCUGCAACAGACUUACGUGAUCGGGAUGUGCUCUCCAAGAGUGAUCCUAUGGCGGUUCUGUAUAUCAAAGGAAGUGAUGGUUCGCUACGAGAGCUUGGUCGGACAGAAGUUGUUCUGAAUUCAUUGUGCCCCAAAUGGAUUAACAAAUUUACUGUUACCUACCAAUUCGAAAUGGUGCAGAAUUUGGUGUUACGUGUCUAUGAUGUUGACACUCAGUUUCAUGGCAUGGAUGUGAAGGCAAUUAAGCUGGAGGAGCAGCAGCUUCUUGGUGAGGCUACUUGCACAUUAUCUGAGAUUGCCACAAAACUAUACAGAACCAUAACUGUAGAUCUAGCACGUGAAGAAGUUUCUGCUCCAGGCCAUACUCGAAAAUGUGGCCAGCUUACAGUUUACGCUGAAGAAAGUGUUGCGUCAAAGACUACAGUAGAGUUGAUAUUGCGAUGUUCAGACUUGGAAUCCAAGGAUUUGUUCUCAAAAAGUGACCCAUUUCUUGUAAUAUCAAAAGCUACAGAGCAUGGAAUAUUAGUUCCAAUUUGUAAAACUGAAGCCCUGGAAAAUGAUCAUGAACCAACAUGGAAGCCAAUUUUCCUGAGCAUUCAGCAAGUAGGAAGCAAGGACAGCCCACUACUUAUUGAAUGUUUUGACUUCAACAGCAAUGGAAAGCAUGCUUUAUUGGGAAAAGUUCAGAAGUCACUGGCAGAUUUGGAAAGGCUGCACUCUACUGGCGCCGUAGAAAAUUUGUUUAUCCCAACGUCAGUUGGGCAAAAUCACCAACGCAAGGAUUUAAAGAGCCAGUUGAUUGUGGAUAAGUAUUCAGAGAACAUCAAGCACACAUUCCUCGAUUACUUGGCUGGAGGAUAUGAGCUGAAUUUUAUGGUUGCUAUUGAUUUCACUGCUUCAAAUGGUAAUCCACGCUUACCUGAUUCCUUGCACUAUAUCGAUCCAUCAGGGAGGCCAAAUGCAUAUCAGAGAGCAAUUUUGGAAGUUGGAGGAGUUCUGCAGUUCUACGAUUAUGAUAAAAAGUUUCCUGCUUGGGGGUUCGGAGCCCGGCCAAUUGAUGGUCCCGUAUCUCACUGCUUUAACUUAAAUGGCAGCAGUACCUAUUGUGAGGUUGAUGGAAUCCAUGGAAUUAUGACAGCAUAUGCAAGCGCUCUUCCUAAUGUCUCAUUAGCAGGACCAACAUUGUUUGGACAUGUAGUUAUGCAGGCAGCACAGAUAGCCAGUGGAUCUGUUGCAAGAAAUGAAAGAAAGUAUUUUGUGCUGUUGAUUAUCACGGAUGGAGUUAUAACAGACCUCCAGGAAACAAAGGAUGCAUUUGUUAUGGCAUCUGAUCUGCCAUUGUCAAUACUUAUUGUUGGGGUUGGGGGAGCUGAUUUUAAAGAAAUGGAGAUAUUGGACGCCGACAAAGGGGAGAGACUCGAAAGUUCAUCUGGAAGGGUUGCAUCACGCGACAUUGUCCAGUUUGUUCCUUUCAGAGAUGCACAAAAUGGAGAAGGCUCUGUCGUUCAAUCACUUCUAGCAGAAUUACCGACACAGUUUUUAACUUAUGUGCGAGCUCGAGAUGUAGUUGCGUCGAUAUUUGUCAUGGACUGUGAGCCACUGAGUUAUGUAUAUGCACAUCUAGUUACAAAUGAAAAGGCAGAAUUAAGGAAAGCUGCUCUUAAUAAGGUACCCGAACAGAUUAUUUUGUCAGAGGUGCGGAAGAUGGUUCAGGAAAUGCAGUCCUUGAAUAAGAAGUUAGAGGACACGGAGGCAGCCAUAGAGGAUUACUUCAAGCCGAUUGACAAGGAAGCAGAAAUGAUUAUGAAGGCUCAGCUUGAAGGAGAAGAGAAGACAAUGAGAGAGAUGGUUGCAACCAUGCAAAGACAGGCUCUACUUGAGAAAGCUGAAGCAGAAGCAGAUGCACAAGCACUUGCAAAUUCAAAGAAUGCAAAAGCAGACCAAGAAGUUGAGGAGGCAGAACCUGAACCAGAACGUGUUGACAAGAGGUCUGGAAUGCGAUGAAUCCUCAAAACAAUUUUCGCACUUGUUUGAAUUACAAGGCAUUGCCCAAUUUUCAAAGGCUUAGUUAGGUUUGCCAUUACCGUGAUGGGACGUGAGUAGGUGUUGCGGGCAGCAGUACAGCCACACAAAUCUGUUGUAUGUCAGGCUGAAAUAAAAACACUUUGUUGAUUGUUCUACUAAGUAGCAAUGAUCUCUCUGAGCUGCAUUUUCUGUAUGGUGAUUUCGUGUAUCAUAUUUUUAUACUCCAUGUUCAGUGAACAUCUGACCUUUCAGGUUAA